AUGCAACAGCGGAGCUGGAGUCAGCACAACAAGCCUGUAGAAACCGUGUUGAAGCCCACUAAUAAAACUCCCCGCAGAAGCCCAAGAGCACUGCCAUCAUCCACCCUCCACUCCGUAGCCAAUCUGCUCAGUGCCGCUUCCUUCACUGCUUUCUGUCCUCCUGUCUCUGCCUCGCCGGUUCUAGGCUCUAAUACCCACGGCUCACGGCCGAUUCUCUCUUCGCCAGCCAUGGUCGCCACCCGGCUCGAGUCCCGCAAGUCUCUGCUCGGUGCCGAUCCAGGCUUCUCUGAGCAGAACAUGCAGUACCAGCAAAACUACGCUCCCAACCAGGCCUAUCCCGACGCCUACACGCAAGACUAUCCCAACGGUCCCUACGCACAACCCUCACUCGCUCAGCCCACCUACGCCGACAACGCCAACAUGAUCGGCGACGACUUCCAUCAGGGCUACGCUGCCCGCGAAGGCCUGACAUCGAGCCACGCCGUAAGCACCCACCGAGACAAUUUUGGGUUUCUCAAGCGAAAAUGGCCCGCCGCUUUCAUGGCUAUUACCGGCCUCCAGGCCAUCAUCUGCCUUGGCUUCGAAGCCUACGUCUUUGGCAAAUUCCAGCUUAGUCUCGGCGCUCACGUUAACGAACCUCGCGUCCAGUCGCAAUAUCUCACCAUUCCCACCUUUCUCACUCUCUUCAUCUUUGGUUUCCUCUACGAGCUGGUCAUCGUCUGGGAUGCACUCCGCAUGAAAAACACGAUUCAGAUUAUUGGCGUCUGCAUCGCCAAUCUAGCUAUGCUCGUCUACACCGCUAUCCAGGUCGACCAAAUCCAGAUGGCCGUUACCGUCCUCGCCAGCUUUAAUGCUCUCGAUCCCCAUGUCACCGCGUCUGAGCUCUGGGGCGACAUUAAGGCUUUCCUCGUCGCCAUUCCUGCCAUUAUUGCUUUCACCACCAUCUGCAUGGCCUUUUGCGCCUGGAAGCUCUAUCAGGAAUUCGCCUGGGAUAUCCUCAAGAACAUCGGCGCCGACUACCGCAUGAAGAAGCGCUUCCUCCACUAUCAAAUUUAUAUUGCUCUCCUUAAAUUUGACUUCUUCUUCUUCCUCGGCUUCAUUAUCCAGUUUGUCGUUGUCGUCGCCAAAAAGUCCGAUCCCGAGUUCGCCGUCACCGUCGCCUCCAUUCCCGUCACCAUUGCUAUUCUGCUCGCCGCUGCCUUCUUCACCAAAAAAGAGAACAAGACAGGCAUGGCCAUUACGCUAGUCUUCUACGUUGGUGGCCUAGUCUACUUUGUUUUCAAGCUCGUUCGCAUCUACCAACCUGGCUUCAGGGAGCUUUAUACUGCCGUCCGCAAGUCCUUGACUGCAUUUGCCGUCAUCACUAUUCUGCUCAUCAUUCUCACCAUUGUCAACGGCAUUAUUUGCAUGCGCAACUUUGGCUCUGGCCUCAAGCCUCAUCUGCAGUCCAGCAAGCGCGUCGAAGAAAACCCUGACGCCAUGUCUUUUAGUCUAAACGAUGUCAAGGCUUCUGUCCCGAAUCGCAUGACCAUUGACUAG